AGACAACUGCGUUCCCUUUCGGCCUGCAGAAAAAGCGGAAGAUGUAGCUCGAUUCUUCUGUUUAUUUUUUACAAUGCAUGGUCUUUCCAGCCUUGACCCUGAUGGCCAAACAGAGAGCUCCCCUUGCUGUGUUGCCAAGAGCUGAGGUCUGUGCCUACUGGGUGCUCUCUCUCGGCUCCCAUCUCUACUCCUUUUAUCAACUGCACAUUGUCUCCAAAGAAUAUGAAGCAGGUUUAGAGAGAGAGUUCCAACUGGAAAAAGGCUUUCUCAUUUGGGGUUAUAAAAAGGACCCAACAGACUUUGAGUGGAGUUUCUGGAGUCACUGGGCUGGGAAGUCUCUGCUGUGGACUCUGCUGGGCCAUGCUGUGAUCUCUAGAGUAGCCUGUGUCUUUUUUCCUAAGUUCAGAGUGACAGCUCUGGCAGCUUAUGGUCUCCUGGCAGCCUAUAGUGCUUUGGGGAUUAAAGGAGUGGGUGUGGUCCUGGUCCAUCUGGGACUGUCAUUGGCUGUUGCACAGCUGUGUAAGCCCGCCCUGUCCUGGAGUUGUGCCCUGCUGCUGCUCUACACACUCCACAUCCCCCAGCUGCAGGAGAUACAGAGAAGCUGGUACCAGACAGAGGAGGAGUAUUACCUCCUACUGUUCAGUGUAGCUGUGUGUGGCCUGCGCUUCAUCAGCUUUAGCCUGGAACGUUGCUGCCGUCCCCUGGAGGCUGGGGGACUGCAGAAACAGCUUUACUGGUUGACAGCUUACUCCUUCUACCAUCCUUUGUUCUACAAUGGGCCCAUCCUCACUUUUAAUGACUUUCUCCAACAGACACAGACACCUAUGACAGAGUGUGGCGGCAGGAGGACGUGCCUUUCUCUGCUGGCCAACGCUGGAAGGAUCUGUGUGUGGUGGCUAAUAGCCGAGUACAUGAUCCACUUUAUGUACAUGCACACUAUCCAGGCCAACGAAACAUAUCUGGAGAUUCUGCCACCUUGGGCCUUAGGUGGGCUCGCCCUGGCUUUAGUCCAGUUCUUCUAUGUGAAGUACCUUGUUCUGUUUGGUGUUCCAUCUCUGCUAGCUGAACUAGAUGGUCUGGCCCCCCCGAAGCUACCACGCUGUGUUAGCAUUAUGCACAGUUUCACCGGGAUGUGGAGACACUUUGACGUGGGGCUUUACUACUGGCUCAUCAGGUACAUCUACAUCCCAUUGGGAGGUUCUCGACAUGGGCUGCUGUGGAAGAUGCUGUCCACGGCCCUGGCGUUUGGCUUUGUGUGUCUUUGGCAUGGAGGACAUGAUUACCUGCAGUACUGGGCCAUCAUGAACUGGUUAGGAGUGCUGGUGGAGAAUGGAAUGGAGAUUUUCCUCUCUUCUCCCCUCGUCUAUCCAUUAAUUGAGCGCCAUAUCUCUCCGGCCAUGAGGAGACGCUGCUUGGCUCUCCUCUCCGCCUCCUCCACAGCCCUGCUCAUCCUGUCCAACCUCAUCUUCCUUGGAGGAACACAUGUUGGCAGGAUCAUGUGCAGGAGGGUCUUCAUACAAGGCUCCUUCUGCCGAGGAUCUUCAUUAGAGAAGGGACAGUUGUUAGAAGAAAAUAGAAGGCAUCAAGUGCAGUGGGAGACCCAAAAGGCUCUUUGCAUCUGAUGAAGAGUACUGAAACGAAAUCUGGUACCAGAUGACUUUGCCAGAAGCUGAGCAAGCACUGGAUUUCCAUCGGUCCCUCAAGGAAGUGAUCUUUAUUUACUGUUCAUCAGAUGCAGAUGGCUCAGCAUGUAUAUGUUAUCUUUUGGGCUGCACAACUAAUUGUAUUUGUUUUUAUUUUAUAUAUAGGGCUUUUACAAGCACAUAAACACUUACUGCCCAGAUAACCUUUUAAUUACACAUUUCCCUGGGGGCCUAAGAGUGUAUAUUUAUUUUAGGCCAUCUGCAGUACCACACUGCACCACCAGUAAAGAGACUGACUUUAGAAAGAUGGUCUGGUCCACCACACACUUGUACAAGUUGCAUUUUUCUUCCAGCGACUAUUAUAAAUUCAUAACCCUAACCUUUUUGUGCCAUUCUAUUGCUGCCAUGUUGUGAUACUAGAAUUGAGAAUUGAUCCCAUUCUCCAGCGGUAGUAGCUGCUUCCUUAGGACACUCCCUCCCCUUCUCCACUCUCUCGAUUCCCCUAAUUUCCCUCUUUCCUCUUCUCUUUGCGUCACAAAGUGCGUCACAAGCAAGCAGCUAUACCACGCAGGCAAUAUGAAGUAAGUCAGCAAAGGAGGAACCACUCUAUAGUCUCUGGUCAGGAGUAGUUAACUACUGUGAAGGGGGAUGUGGGAAACAAGUCUUGGCCACAGUUUGACCCUAUUUAUGAAUGGUGAAUGUGACUACAGGGUUCAGUAAGGGGCAUUGAGACAUCAUCUUAAGAGCCAGUAGCAUAAUUGUGAUGCCACCUUUAUAAUGUAAAAGCUCUUACUGCAGAAUGUAUUGUUAUUGUGGCAUUGCCAUCAGUGCCAUAACAAUCCUAUUAAAGAUGCCCUCCAGCUAUUUCCUUUUUUAAUAUUGUACUGUUGAAAGCAAUAUUUCAAGAAUAAAUACAGUUAAGUACAUAUAGUAAAGGGGAAACAAAUGUUUUGAAAGAAGAGUGUCAAUUUUAAAGACCAAUUAUUAGUGUUCUUCUAUGUCUUAUAUGGCUCUUGCAUACUGAAUGAGACCCAUUCAAAGACAUCAUUAAUAAUAUCUUUAUUAACUACUGCCUGUACUGUAGCCCACUACUUUGUAUCACAUGAAAAUGUCUUUCCUGUAAUUACUGGUUAUUUCACCUG